AUGGCGCCCGCCUCCGCUUCCGCGGGGACCUGCGGUGACCAGAAGCAAGACGGCAAGGGUCAGCGCGGGGCGACUCCGCCCGCGACGCCGCCCUCCCUGCGCUCGCUAGGCGGGAGACCCGGGGACGGGGGAGUAGACACUGAAAUUCCUCCUCAAAAGACGGUGCCCUCUGCACCUCCGCCUUAUGAGGCGCAUCCUCCAUCAGGUUACUCGCUUGUACCAGAAAAGGUGAGGAGAAAGAUCAGGACUGUAUUCCCUGUUUUUGAAACAGAAAAUGGAGGGCGAAUUCAUGUGCCAGUAGAUUUCAACCAGCUUAAGGAACUGGCCGAAUCUGUUCGCAAGUAUGGGACCAAUGCUAAUUUUACCCUGGUACAGCUUGAUAGACUUGCCAAUUCAGCAUUAACACCAGCCGAUUGGCAAAUGAUUGCAAAAGCCGCCCUCCCUAAUAUGGGCCAAUAUAUAGAAUGGAAAGCACUGUGGUAUGAGGCCGCACAAGCACAAGCCCGGGUCAACGCUACUGCCUUGACCCCGGAACAGAGAGAUUGGACUUUAGACCUGUUAACAGGUCAAGGGGCUUAUACUGCUGAUCAAGCUAACUAUCAUUGGGGAGCCUAUACCCAGGUCUCUGCCACGGCCAUUAGGGCAUGGAAGGCACUUUCCCGAAAAGGGGAAGCGAGUGGACAACUCACAAAGAUAAUUCAGGGACCCCAAGAGUCCUUUUCAGAUUUUGUGGCCAGAAUGACAGAGGCAGCUGGGCGUAUUUUCGGAGACAUAGGUCCAGUCGAGCCCCUAAUCCAACAGAUAAUUUUUGAACAAGCCACUCAGGAGUGCCGAGCAGCCAUUGCUCCACGUAAAAACAAGGGCUUACAAGAUUGGCUUAGGGUCUGCCGAGAGCUCGGAGGGCCCCUUACUAAUGCUGGGCUGGCGGCUGCUAUUCUUCAAUCACAGAGGCGUCCCCUGAUGAGACCCGGUCCAAAGGUCUGCUAUAAUUGUGGCAAGCCCGGUCAUUUUAAAAAGGAUUGUACAAAUUUGAAUAGAAAGGUAGAGACUCCCACUCUUUGUGACAGAUGCGGCAAGGGAUAUCAUAAAGCUAGUGCAUGCCGUUCAGUAAGAGAUAUUAGGGGCAGACUCCUCCCCCCGCUGGAUAAUCAGUCAGACGAGAUGCCAAAAAACGGGACAUCGGGCCCCCGGUCCCAGGGCCCUCAAAGAUAUGGGAACCGACUAGUCAGAACCCAGGAAGCCAACAGAAAGAGAAAUCAGGAAAUAACCCAGGAAGACCCACAAGGGUGGAUUUGCGAGCCGCCUCCAACUUCUUACUAA